AUGGAUAAACCACAAGAAGAAAUGCAAUUUUUAGGCCUAUUUGGCAUCUACAAAGAAACUAUCAAAACCAUCAUCUCAUGGAGAAAGAUCUUCACUCAAAUCACCUUAACCUUUAUCCUCCCACUAGCAAUUAUCUUUCUAGCUCACAUGGAAGUCUCUAAUCUUAUUUCAAGAAAAAUUAUGCAAACAGAUUUUCAAAAACACAUAACCAGACCUGGAACUUUACGAUAUAGCAAACUCACAGAUGCCUUAAGAUCUGAAUGGAUCAUAUAUUGGUUACUCAAAGCCACCUAUUUCACAUUUCUCAUCGUCUUUUCCCUUCUAUCCACUUCUGCAGUCAUUUACACGACUGCUUGCAUAUACACAUCGCGUAAUCUGACAUUUACUAGUGUCUUGAAUGUCGUCCCAAAGGUUUGGAAAAGACUAUUUGUCACAUUCUUGUGCGCGUUUGUGGUUUAUCUUAUUUAUAACCUUCUAGCAAUCUUAAUACUAGUUUUGUACAUGGUACAUUUUCCUGAUAACACAUUUGGUGUUGUGGUAUUUCAUGUUAUGUUGAUUCUCUACUUCAUGGGGUUUGUUUACAUAAGUAUUAUUUGGCAAAUGGCUUGUGUUGUUUCUAUUUUGGACAACUUUUAUGGUGUUAAAGCUAUGAUGAAGAGCAAGGAUUUAAUUAAAGGGAAGCGAUGGGUAGCGAUUAUUGUUUUCACUAAGCUCCAUUUAUCUUUUUUUGCAAUUCAAAUUAUAUUUGAACUAUUGGUUGUGUAUGGGCACGCGUUGGGAGUUUGGAGGAGAGUAGGGUUCGCUCUGUUCUGUUUUUUGGCGCUUAUGAUACUGUUUCUCUUUGGCCUUGUCGCUCAAACAAUUCUCUACCUCACCUGCAAGUCGUAUCACUAUGAGAGCAUUAACAAAUCAAGCUUGGGUGAUUUACUAGAGGACUACCUUGGUGAUUAUGAAGCUUUGAAUAAUGGAGAUGAUAAUGUUCAACUAGAGCAGACCCAUGUUUGA